CACCCAACAGAAGCGUAGGAUGUCGCAAACCAAUGGGUAAAAUCUAUUAGUUAGUUAACACGAGACGAACUGACAGCAUCGAAAUUCUUCCAACCUCUUACUGUACAGCAAAAUGGUUAUGAUUAGAAAAUGCUGCUUCUGUUGGAACACAAAAGAAGGCAGUAUCGCUGCUGGUAUAUAUACUAUGAUUGGCAGAAUCAUUUCUGUCAUCGUAACCAUCAUUUUCCUCGCCAAGCCAAAAUUAUUAAAAGAGAAGGUUGUGGAAUGGGGAAUGAAAAAAGAUGAUCUUCCUGUUGUUCGAGGUAUCCUCGUAGCAACUCUGGUAGCAUCUCUCAUCUUCAUAAUGUUCUGUGUAUUUGUAGUUUAUGGUGCUGUCAAGGAUCGAAGAGGAUUCCUUUUGCCGUGGGUGAUUGUAAUGAGCAUAGAAGUGGCCAUUCAAAUUAUCUCUCUUUUUGCAAUUAUUGUGGUUGUGGCAACGAGGAAAGAAGCCAAAGUGAGUUUCAGAAUCAUUUUUAAGCAUUCAUCAGCUAAUUUAGAAAAUGAAAGAAAACUAACAGAAACAAUGAUGGAAAUAAUAGUUCUUCUCAUUUUUUAUCUUUAAAUUGUGCAUUAAUUAUAAAGAGUGUGAGUUUAACAACAAUAUAUAUAAUCUAUGCAACAUAAAACCCACCUUUUAACAAAUGUAUAAACUCGUAAAUCAUAAAUUCCAUGUGUUAACAAAUGUGCAGAUUCAUAUACACUUGUGUAACAUAGGAUCCAUGCUUUAAAUAAUUGUGAACUAUUCAAAAUUAUAUGUAAAUGUAAUGUAUUGCAAUAGAUUUUGGACUGUUACAUAAUGUAAAUAUGAAAAUAUAAAAUUUCCCUCCUUUUGGUAUUAAUGCACUUGAGUAGAUUUAGCAAAAAGACAGAAUCUAUCAAAGGACAUUAGAAUCAAAAGGAUAUCCACUAAAGGGCAGUGCCUGUAAAACAUGAAAAUGUCUAAAUUUGGACAUAGAAUUUUAGAGAGAUCAAAUUGAAUAUGGAUUUAUUCAUUUAGCCACUCCAUCUUACAUUGUAUUGGUCAUUGGUCACCUUUAAAUCUAAACUGGAGCCAGUUUCUGUGACCUUUUCAGUCUGUCUAGCUCAAUUUAACUCAUCUUUGAUUCCCUAAAAUGCCUGAUGAUCAAGAUAAUCACUCUAUAAACACAGGUAUUUUGUCUUAAAUAAAAUUCUUUAGCUUAAUUACUAGUACAGCAUUGCAGUUGUAGUUCUGGUCAGUCCCCUCCUUUAAUGAAGGGGCUAACAAGAAGAGGCUCAGCAUAGUUUUCUUUUCCCAUGAUGUCCCUCAUUAGGAAUAUCAGAGGAAAGGAUACAAAUAGCCUACUUCAUCAAACUGCAAGAUAUUUUAUAGAUGAC